AUGGGCCUCCGACCAGUAUCCACUCCGAGAUCCGGAAACUGCCAGGUCUACUUGGUGGCCCAAGCGUUAGCGAGCUGCAGCUUCUCCGACACCCCGGAUCGCCUUGUUCAAGCGGUCACGGCUUUGAAAAUAGGAUGCGCGGCGAGGGCCUUCAUCGAUUUCCCGCUGAAAUACCCACACGCCCAGCGGAAGCAGACGCUAAUACAGCUCGGACGUGGCUACGAGAAGAUGACACAACCAGUCUCCGAGGAAGAGUACCGACGCUACCUCAUAGAGUAUGGAUCCAGCUCGUCGGACCCCGCUGUCUUCCUGCCCGAGAAGCUUUGGGGCAGCAAUGACACUCUCGCUACCUAUGGAACCAUGCUGCAACGAGACAUCUUCGUCAUCAGCUUUGUGCCUGGCAAAACGAUCUGG